CUAGCUCUGUUUUUUUGUUUACUCAAAUUACUUGGGUCCAUUUACAAAGCCCAUAUGCCAGAUAAUCACAAAAGUGUAUUAUAUGGGAUAAUCUCAUAAUUAUCCUUAAUUAUGAAACUAUUUAGGGGUUUAGCCGUUUUGAGGUUUUAGGGUUUUCUUACUUCACUUUAAACUUGACUUUGUUUCAUUUGAUUUUUUACUUCUCAAUUAAGGUUCUUACAUUGGCGGCUAGGUCUACAAACUUUUGUAAGAGAGGAGAAGGAUAGAAUUGGAUUCAGUUAUUAGAAAAGGGAAUAUGAGUUUUUCUGAUCAAUCGCCGUUUAUGCCAAUUGGCGUUUGGCCUCAUGAAUCUCCGAUGAACCACGAAUUCGUCGAGUCGUAUUCUCAGUUUGACCAUGUGCCUCCAUUCAAGAGACUGAGGAAUUUCGAUACCAACUCGCCAAACUCCGCUAUGAAUUCAAGAGUGAACCCACCAAAUCUUGCGGGAAGCAAAGGGACUAGCCAUAUUUUUUAUAAGACGCGCAUGUGUGCCAAAUUCUUGGAAGGAACUUGCAGGAAUGGGGAACAUUGUACAUUUGCUCAUGGUGUUGAAGAUUUGCGGGAGCCACCUCCGAAUUGGCAGGACUUAGUCCGUGAAAAGGAUAGAGGGGCUGAGAACUGGAAUGAUGAUCAGAAAAUAAUACAUAGGAUGAAAAUUUGCAAGAAGUUUUAUAACGGAGAGGAGUGUCCUUAUGGGGAUAAGUGUAAUUUUCUUCAUGAACGUCCACCGAAAUUUAAGACCGACAUGCCGAGGUACAGGGAGAGUGCUGCAAUAAGUAUCGGAACUACGGGGAGCAGAAGUGAUCCCGAGCUGAUUGAUGUUAGUAAGCUUGGAAAUGCUGAUUCAGAUGCUGUUCGAAUUAAGCCUAUUUAUUGGAAGACAAAGAUAUGUAGCAAGUGGGAGACAACUGGUCAAUGCCCCUUCCGUGAUCGUUGCCACUUUGCUCAUGGCCAAUCAGAGUUGCAAGCGCCUAAUGGCCGGGUUGAGACGGAAAUGUUGACUAAUUCUGCCCCCAUUACGCCAAGGCCUUUCUCCGGUCCUGCUGUUGACUUAUCCUCUGCAAUUGCAGUGGUUAAUGCUUCGAUACAAGAAGAAAAAGAGGAAAAGAAAGUCCUAAAAUGGAAACCAUCCAAGAAGAUCUCUCGGAUAUAUGCUGAUUGGCCCGACGAUAUGGUCCCACCCCACCUCUUACCUAGCAACGCCAAUAGCUGAUUAUGGACGCAUCCCAGCAAGGAUCAGAAACUACAAGAGAGAUGAAAAUAGUGUCGUAUCAUCCAACGGUUAAUGUGUUAUACAGUUUUUUUAUAUUUGGUGUCAACAGUUGGCUUUUGAAAUUUGGAACUGCAUAUAACAGUUAAUGUGAAAACUGCAUAUUUUUUCUUAUAGAAAAAUAAAAUAAAAAAUAAGGUAGUAAUAUCUAUGGGAAUUCAUUAGGGGGAGAGACAGAAACAUCAUUAUUUCAUUGGUUAUUCUUAUAUCUGAACAGUUUGGUUUA